GCACUAAUUUUUCGACAGGAAAAAGUGAUCAAAAAGACGAGAAAAUACGUAUUAUGUUAGGAAAUGAUAGAUUUUCCUUCCAGAAGACAGUGCAAUGUUUAGCCCGAGUUCUCGCUCGAAUUAAACCUACACCUUGGGAUAAAGUACAAACCUUGUACAGGUAUUGUCCACAGGAAAAUGCAGCUGGAGUAUUUUGUCUGGAUUCUCGGGCGCAGGAUGCUGUUAUCGCACUCGGCCUGUACUUCCUUGAAAGUGAUUAUCAAUACGAGAAAGAAAUCAUUCCGUAUUUGCUAAGACUUUCGAAGGCCCUACCCAAGGCUGUAUGGAUCGAUGACGUCAAGCCGAACAAAAAUGAUAAAAUACCAAACGCAGAAAAAUUCUGCUUUUGUCUUAACAGUUUGCUAUCGGAUAUUGCCGUUGGAUGUCCAGAAAGUCGCGAAGAAAUAAUUUUCAACCAGGUCGAAGUGUUGACGGUUUUAACCAACAUGAUAAAAGGUAGCAAAGAAAAUAGCAAUCUACCACCAAUUAUAUUAUGUAAAGCCACUGUACCCCUGCUUUUGGGAUUGGGAAGAUCUAUGGGACGAUACGCGACAAGUGACCCUCCUUUGUUAUGCCGACUUUUUCCAAGAGACGAAAUUCCAACUCCAAAAACAUUAGAAGCCAAUUCUAAUGCGGAUUCGAAGCAAAAUAAUAUCAGCCAGUUUCGGUCUAUUAUACCGCGUUCCAUGUCUGGAAGUUUGAAUGUGGAGUCUUCCGAAGAGAAGUCUCCAAAGAAGAGUACCAAAAAGUUAAACUCCUUUUAUUCAGUUCCAUAUGAUCCGACGACAUAUUUCUUCGCUAAAUAUGGUUCCAGCUUUAACCAAUUUCCUAACAUGCGUUUCUGUGAAACUCCAGAACGUAAGAACCGUCUUCAGUUUCCCAUAAGUCAUUUGCAGACAAUUUUUGCACUCGCUAAGAAACUAUUAACAAAAGAAACACUGGAACAUUUGGACGAGCAGGCUGGUGAUAUUUAUUCUCUACAUCAAAUUAAGCCCUAUGGAUAUAAAAGUUUUUCGGAAACCAUAAAUCUGGUAAUGGUGACUCUGUUGAGGGAGAUUUUGCAGAAUCAAACAGAUCUUCCAACACCAUUUACCAAAGAUGUUCAAGAGUUUGUAAAGCGGUUAUUUUUGAUCGGUCAAACUGAACUACAAAACAAGCAGCAUGACAGUACCAUGGACAGGGUCAAUGAUCCGUCCAACACGGUGGUCAAUAAGUACAAGAUAAACGUAAUGGCCAAUGCUGCCUGUGUGGAUUUGCUGGUAUGGGCUAUUGGAGAUGAAACGGAGGCAGACAAGUUAUGCAGUCGUUUGUACCAAAAGUUGAACUCAGUACUGGGUCAUAAAGUAGUUAUGGAUCAUAUGCCCCUUCUGAUGGUGUGCUUGGAGGGUUUGGGAAAACUAGCUCAAAAGUUCCCCAAUAUCGCCGGCACGUCCAUUUCUUACCUACGAGACUUCCUCGUAGAUCCUAGUCCCAUUCUGACGAAGCUUCACAUUCAAUCACAGGCACAAAACAAAAAGGAAAAGGAGAAUGCACCUUUUAGGAUUGUCGUCCAAGGUUCCGAUUUUAAAGCAUUCGAUCAGCAGUUGAAUCCACGAAGAGGUCUUACCAAAUCUGCGCAUGAGGCAUUUGAAGCUCUACGUGAUGCGGCAAUAGAAAACCUUGCUAUCGCACUUAAAGCUGCUCACGCCUUGGAUCCUUAUUGCGUUCCGGCUCUAGUGGCCAAUGUGUCCAACAGGCUGUUCACGGUCGAGAAGCAGGAGACCGAGUCCAGUCUAGUGUCACUGAAUAUCAUUGUUAUGCUCGGUCACGUUGCCGUCGCUCUAAAGGAUACUCCAAAAACGACCAAUAAUAUUCUACAGUUCUUCAUUCAGCGCUUCUGCAAGGUUCCUUCCGAGCAGAAUGUGUUGAUUGUCGAUCAGCUAGGCUGCAUGAUCAUAUCCAAAUGCGAGACACAAGUUUUUGAAGAAAUUAUGAAAAUGUUCUCCCGCGUCACUGUGCAAGCAGCUUCUUUGGCCUAUUCCACUAAUCCCGAACAAAGUGUUUACAGGAAAUCUUACCACCACGUUUCGGAUGCUGUGGUUAACGCCCUGGCCAACAUAGCCGCUAACAUACAGGGAGAGCUGGAAAUGUUGGACCUGUUGGGCAAACUGUUGGAGCUUUUCGUGCAAAUUGGUCUGGAAGGAGAACGAUCCUACGACAGCACAUCCGGUGCACAGAAGGCUAGUUCCAGUGCAGGUAAUCUGGGAAUGUUGAUACCAGUGAUUGCGGUUUUAGUCAGGAGAUUGCCACCGAUUAAGAAUCCAAAGCAACGGCUUCAUAAAUUGUUUAAGGAUUUUUGGCUCUACUGUGUUGUUAUGGGAUUCACUAAUGCCAGACUGUGGCCAUCGGAUUGGUAUCAAGGUGUACAACAAAUUGCGGCCAAAUCACCUUUGCUGAUUUCUCAAAGCGCACAUCGAUCGGAAAUGCGUGAAAUGAACUACACAUCCGCUAUCCGAUCAGAUAGUGUUAGCUUAAAUGAGUUGCGUAGUCAGAUUUUGGUGUUAUUGGAUCACCCGCCGGCUGAUAUUACAGCUUGCAUCAAUAAGCUAACCUUUGCUCAAUGUACUUACCUGUUAAGUGUGUAUUGGUUGGAAAUUCUGCGCGUGGAAAAUGCUUCAGAGCCAAGCCUGGAACCUAUUCUGAAUUAUUUGUGCGAUAAUGCUCUGCUAAAAGACAAGUACGGUAUGUGGCAGUGCAUUCGUUGUAUCGGCGAUCAGGUAUUUGAAAAGUUUAGAAGCGUUCUUUUGGAGGAGGAUUCGUUAAGAGAAAAGGUGUUGGAAUCUCAAGCUAUGCUGCUGUUGGUUUAUUUCAACCACAUUCAUAAACAGAUUCAGCUAGUAGCAGAUCAAUAUCUUUCACAGUUAGUUGACAAAUUUCCACAUCUACUGUGGAAUCGUAAAGUACUGUGGUGCAUGUUGGAUGUUCUGCAAUUGCUAGCCUUUUCGUUGACUCUUGAUCCAAAUGAAGAAACCCCGACGCUACGAGUAGCUUCUACUCCUUAUACUCUUCAAUUGAUGGAUAGUUUGCCAGCCAGAGAAAGCCGUGUCAAGGACUUCGCUGACCGUUGCCAAGGAAUUGUCAAUGAGGCAAUGAAGUGGGCUCCGAAAUCAACUAGAAGCCAUCUGCAGGAGUACCCAAAUCAAGUACCAUCGACUUCAUUAUCGAAUCACAGUGGUUUGGCUUUGGCUGUAGACUCUAUCCUACACACAUGGGUAACUAAUGCUAGUCUCCAGUCGACUUCAAAGCGGCCUCAUUGUGUAAACAGCGAUACAUCUAAAUUUGUAUCUGUGCUUUGUCUGCGUAGCAAGUAUGCAGGAGAAAUAUCCGGAUUAUUAUCUGUUCUUGAAGAUGAAGAAAAGAAAGGACUUGCAGAUCGACUGGUCAAAGACAUUUGGGACGCUUGCGCUGAGAAGAGUGAUGCCCAUCAUCGUGGAGCACUGUGGAGAGCAACCGCCUAUUUGAUACUGUGUUCCAGUGCAAAUAGGAAAUUGUUGCAUGCUAUUUCUUCAUCCCAAGUUCAGUUAUUUACGGAAUCUGCUAUGGAGACAGCAGUCGAAUGCUGGCAAUGGAUACUGACCGCCAGACAGGACCUGGAAUUAUGUUUCAUACAAGAAAUGGUUACUGCUUGGCAAACAACUUUCGAUAAAAGAAUUGGUUUAUUUACUGAAGAAGUUGAAAUUACAAGUCCACUGGCUGCUUACGAAGGCUGUCGGCUGGUCCCGAAGCCCAUUAUGGUUGCUCCACACUCCAUCUGGCUGCAGCUCCUUUCGGAAAUGGUAGAUACAGCCAAAUACUGCAAUCGAGACAAAGUUGAAAUGUUUUGCAUGUUGCUUCAUCGCUGUCUUCCCUUCAGUCGGGACUUUAAACAAACCAGACAUAUUUCCACAGUCGGAUGCCGAUUCAAGCUUCUUCAGUGCGGAUUAUCGUUGUUACAGGGAAACACCAUUCCGAAAUCGCUGGCUCGAAACAUUUUGAGAGAACGCAUUUAUGCCAACGCAUUGGAUUAUUUCUGCGGGCCGCAACUUUGUCCCAGUCAAUCCAGGGAUGCUCUGUUAGAGGAUAUUUCCAUCCUGUUGAAGUUCUGGCAAACCAUGAGAAGCGAAAAGAAGCACCUGGUAGCGUCGGAAGUUAGCGAUUAUGAUUUGAAUCCCACGUCGCAAAAUCUUUCUGUAAAUAAAUCAUCUCUAGAUACAGCCUCUCUCGCUGGAAGUGAAGUUGCACGAUCAACUAGCAGUGGAAAUGCCGGCUGGUACAACACCAUUCCCCAUUCCACAUCAACCCUAUCGAAAAGGUCUAACCGGAUCAAACGUCCGCCAUACCAAAAGGAUGCUUAUGAUAAAGAUUACAUGAAGAAACGUAACUUAAUUCUCGAGUUACUAGCCGUUGAAAUCGAGUUUAUGUUGAUUUGGGCAAAUCCUCUGGCUUCUCCUGAAUUGCAGGUUGCUGGUGAAGAAUCAGUUUCCGAGUGGCGAGCUCGGCCAGUAAAAUUAAAUGUCUGGCGUGAUUAUACUCGUCUGGCUUGGUCCUAUAAUCCGGCAUUAGCGAUCUUUUUGCCACAGCGAAUACGGAACGCCGAAACAAUCGAAGAUGAAGUUACCCGUUUAGUAUGUUCCGAUCCAUUAUCUGCUAUCCACAUCCCAGAAGCUCUUAAAUACCUGGUCACCACACGGACUUUGCUGAAUGAAACCCCUGAACUGGUCUACAUGUUGACCUGGGCAAGGGUAAGUCCUAUACAAGCCCUGUCAUAUUUUUCCCGUCAAUAUCCUACACAUCCAUUGACUGCCCAGUAUGCCGUUAAGACCCUGAAUUCAUAUCCGGCGGAAGCCGUGUUGCCAUACAUUCCACAACUGGUUCAAGCUCUGCGUCAUGACACGAUGGGAUAUGUUACCGAGCUAAUCAAACACAUUUCCAAGCGAUCGCAAAUCGUUGCUCAUCAACUGAUUUGGAAUAUGCAGACCAACAUGUACAUUGAUGAAGAGAUGCAUCACAAAGAUCCCAUACUAUAUGAUGGUUUGGAGUCCUUGUCCCAGAAUAUCAUAUCGUCUCUUUCUGGGCCGGCCAAACGGUUCUACGAGCGAGAAUUUGAUUUCUUCGGUAAAAUAACAGCCGUCAGCGGUGAAAUUCGCUCCUUCCCGAAAGGCCAAGCCAGAAAGAAGGCGUGUCUGGAUGCACUCAGUAGAAUAAAGGUACAGGCCGGUUGCUAUCUACCGUCAAAUCCAGAGGCUAUGGUCCUGGACAUCGACUAUAACAGUGGAACGCCAAUGCAAAGUGCAGCCAAGGCACCAUAUCUUGCCCGUUUCCGUGUGCAUCGCUGUGGUAUUACUGAACUGGAAACAAUGGCUAUGGAAGUGUCGAACAAUCCUGAUUCUCAGUUGGAUGGUCCGAAGCUGAUGAGCUCGAUGGGUCCAGAAAUGUGGCAAGCGGCUAUUUUCAAAGUAGGCGACGACGUCAGACAGGAUAUGCUGGCCUUGCAGGUUAUUUCCAUAUUCAAAAACAUCUUUCAGCAAGUUGGCCUUGAACUGUUUCUGUUCCCGUACCGAGUUGUUGCUACAGCACCAGGGUGUGGCGUUAUCGAGUGUGUACCAAACGCCAAAUCACGGGACCAGCUCGGCAGGCAAACAGAUUCUGGGUUAUAUGAGUAUUUUUUGCAUCAAUAUGGAGAUGAAACUUCGAAAGAGUUUCAGGUGGCACGCAGUAAUUUUGUCAAAUCGAUGGCUGCCUAUUCGGUAAUUGGGUAUCUGCUACAAAUUAAGGAUCGUCAUAAUGGCAACAUUAUGAUUGACAAAGAUGGUCAUAUUAUUCAUAUUGAUUUCGGAUUCAUGUUUGAAUCUUCUCCCGGAGGUAACAUUGGCUUUGAACCGGAUUUGAAGCUCACGGACGAAAUGGUGAUGGUGAUGGGUGGCAAGAUGGAAGCCGCUCCUUUCAAAUGGUUUUGUGAUUUGUGUGUCCAGUCAUUUUUAGCUAUACGGCCAUAUCAAGAUGCAAUUGUAACAUUGGUAUCACUCAUGCUGGACACCGGUUUGCCCUGCUUCCGUGGACAGACCAUUACACUGUUGAAGCAGAGAUUUGUACCCACCAAAAACAGCAAAGAGGCAGCCGCCCAUAUGUUGGGGGUUAUUCGCAACUCAUAUCAGAAUUUCCGCACUAGAACAUACGAUAUGAUUCAAUAUUACCAAAAUCAGAUCCCGUAUUAAAAUAAUGGGCUUAAAAAAGGAAGGGGGUGUGGUAAAUGGUUUAAAAGGUUAGACAAAAUUUGAUUAAUUUAUUCCUAGUGGGCGUUGUCAUAUGGCAUUAUUAUACAAGUAUUAUUUAAUGCAAUGAUUAAAUAAGACAUCUUGAAAACGUGGAUUUUGGGAUUGCAAGGAAAGAAUUAAACAUGAUCGUGAAGCAAAUUUUUAACCUUGUGCUAACAAUAUAUUUAACAUAAAUUAUCUUCUAUGUGAUACCUGUAACACAAAAAGUCAAACUUAUUGUUGUUGAAUGUUUGUUAUAUGUCCAAAUAAA